AUGGUUGGAAACGAUGCGGACGGAGCUGCUGACGAUUCUGAGGUGGAUGUGUCGGACGAUGCGGACCCUACGGGGUGGGCUGGGGACAACAGCACCAUGUCUCGUCUCCCAGCACACGGCGAGGAGACAGAGGCUGCCGAGGAGACAGAGGCUGACGAGGACUGGCUGGAGGGUGCUGCAGAAGAGGAGGAGGGAGUUGAUGAGUUCGAGGAAGAGUGCUGGUGGCGGGAGGACGAAGAUGACCCCACUGCAUACGCCCCUUUCACUGAGGGCGCGUAG